AUGUCUGCGCCGGAGCUGGCUGACGAGAGCGAACACACCGGUCUGCUCAGAGGAGAAGCUGCCGGCCGCUCUCCUGGAGAAGCAGUCCCCCUCAGAGAACAUCGACCAGUCCAGGGCCUCUUCGUGGAUGCCUACCAUGCCUCCAAGGCAACAUUGCGUUGCAGCCACGCCAAUUGGCUCCUGGGGUUGGUGCCCCUGGGCAUGAUUGCCUCGUCCUCGGGCUGGAAUCCAGCAGCAGUCUUCAUCCUCAACUUCCUGGCUAUCUUCCCCCUGGCUGCGUUGCUCUCUUACUCGACCGAGGAGCUAUCUGCCAGUGUAGGACAGACGAUCGGAGGGUUGAUAAAUGCGACCUUUGGCAAUGCAGUGGAGAUGAUCGUUGGCAUCACCGCCCUGAGACAGGGCGAGAUCCGCAUUGUCCAGUCUAGUAUGGUUGGCAGUGUUUUGUCAGGCACUCUCUUAAUCCUUGGUUGCUGCUUCUUUUCCGCCGGUUAUCGCCAAGAAUGUCGCAAGGAUAACCUGAGGUUCAACGUGGACGUCACCGGCAUCAUGACCUCGUUGAUGGUCGUCGCAUCCGCCUCGCUCUUCAUUCCCUCCGCGCUUUCCUCGACUACUCCGACGUCGGAAGUGAACGAUUAUAUCCUGGUCCUGUCUCGGAUUACUUCCCUUAUCCUCCUGCUCUUCUACGUCGUAUACCUUUAUUUUCAGCUCAAGAGCCAUGUUCAUCUGUUCAAGGAUUGCGAUGAAUCGGAAUCUGAUGAUCAUGCGCUUGGCCCAUGGGCCGCCAGCAUCGUUCUCAUCUUGUCGACCCUUGGGAUUACUUUUUGCUCAGAUGCUGUGGUAGACAGCAUCGACGGAGUCGUCGAGGCCUGUCACGUCAGCCGCGCUUUCAUCGGCCUGAUCAUUGUCCCUAUCGUCGGCAAUGCUGGCGAGUUCGUCACCACUGUGAACGCGUCCAUGAAGGACAAGCUGGAUCUGGCGAUCGGCAUCGUUGUCGGCAGCACCCUGCAGAUCGCCCUCUUUGUCACCCCGUUCAUGGUCAUCAUGGGCUGGAUACUGAAUCAGAAAAUGUCGUUGCAUUUCGACACUUUUGAAACGACCGUCUUUACGCUGGCUGUCGUCGUAGUGAAUUGUAUAGUUCAGAAUGGCCAGACCAAUUACUUCGAGGGGUUCCUCUUGAUUGGAACG